GGAUAAACCAUUUCCGAGUCUUCAACACCCUGAAAUAAGAGUUUCUCUUCAAAAACUGAGCAGACAGGUUUUCUACAAGAUCUCUGAGCAGGCUAAUCAAGUCGAUACUUCAAUCAAUUUCUAAAUUAGAAUUUCUUCAUGAUUCGAAUUCAUAAAGACAGUGUAGUACCAAAAUACUCCACUGGCAAAUGGUCAUGGAAUCCCUCCAAGGACGAAUUGAAUUUCUUGUCAUGGGAAGGUGAAAUCUUGGAGCGUGAACUAACCGUUCAAUCAUCAAGCGGUUACAAAUUCAAAUCAUCUAUCAAUCAAAUUGAAGAAGUAAUAUUCCGGCAGGAAUUCGCUAGAAGUACUGAUAUUGCCGAUGAUGGAGACAUAAUUCGAAUUGAGGACAUCAAGAAUCUGGUAUUGUUUCUUGCACCAUCCGAAAUCCUUACAAACAAAUUUAUAACAUUCAUUCACAAUAAGACAAUUGAUCGAUUUUUGAAUGCGCUGAUAAUUUAUUUUGAGUAUUUCUUGCGUCUAGUCGAGUUUAUACUUAUCCGACGGGAUGAAGUGUCUGGAGAGACUACAGCUCAAGUUCAAAGUACUGAAAGCAGUCAAAUCAAACGAAUAUUUUCAGAAUAUCUUUCUCAGUAUCGAAUAAUUCUUGCUCGGGAAUACAGUGUGAUAGUAAUGGGAAAUGGUGAAAUGGCUCCUUUUUAUCAUCUCAAUACUCUUGUCAAGAUAUCAAAAACUCAUCAAGAUAGAUUACUCCAUGAGAUGUUUCUAGCUUUUGCUAACCAAGUGGUUUGGAUAGCUCAUCAUCGUAAAGCUUAUCAAACAAUCGAUGAAGAAAUGAAUCGAUUAUUUCGAUCAGAUCAUUUUAAACUUACUCGAAAAGAAUUAAUAAAAUUUAGUCUUACUGAACAAGAAUUGCUCUAUGGAAAGAAUAAUCAGCGAGUCAAUUAUCGACGACAGAAUUCUCCAUUGAUUCAAGAGAUUUCCAAUGUAAGUCGUCGUAAUAUGCCAAUUUUAUGGUUAGGAGAGAAAAAAUAUCGUGGAAAUGAUCUUCGAAUGCAACAACUUGAGUUGGAAUUUAUCAUUCCUGAUAGUGAUUUGUGUUUGAUCGAUGUAAAACAUGGAAUUUUGGGCAACCCAAUGUCAUUGUAUAACACAAUGCUAACAAUAGACGAAGAGAAACUAAGAGAACGUGGACAUUCGGAAAGUUAUGAUCCUUUUUGGUUGAUAAGACAACCUUAUUUGGAAAUUCCAAAACUCGAUGCGAUCAAAGAAAGAAGCAGUGAGCAGUUGGAAUCCUAUUUUUUAAUCAAAGAUAACAGAUUUAAAUAUGACAAGAACUUGAUUGCCAAAUGGAAACGAAGGGAUAAGGUUAUCGAGUAUAUCAAAAGCGGAGGACUUGUGAUUGAUGUGGUUGAAAGAUGUAAGAAGGAAUUAGCUUCGAACAGAGUGAUAGGUUCGAACAUAGCUGGUAUAACCCAGGCAUUUAUUGCUAGGAAGAAAUUUUUGAGAAAGAAGUGAAGAUGUAAAUUUAAAAUAAAUGAGACCUAAUAUAUCUAAAAAAUUCUUAAGAGUUUGAAA